UGCUUAUAUUGUGCUGCGACCUUCCCAUGAGUGCAUAGAUACAUCAACCUCGUUGUUCUUCUUCUCUAUCAUACUGACCUGAGUGUCACCAUCUUUCACUAUGGGGUUGGUAUUCAACAUCGUGCUCGCCGUUUUCGCGGCAACGGGCAGCUUUCUGUUCGGUUAUGAUAGUGGUGUGAUGGCCCUCGUCAUCCAGUCUCCACACUUCCUCCAUUAUUUUGAUACAGAGAAAUAUUCAUCAACUAUUGGAGCUAUCAAUUCAACCUUCUCAGGUGGUGCCGUCUUCGGCGCGCUAAUGGGAGGUUCUACUAUGGAUCGCUUUGGUCGAAGAUGGACGGUGCUGAUCGGCGCCGCUAUCAAUUUGCUUGGAGCUGCUCUUCAAACUGGAGCACGGAAUUUGGCCAUGAUUCUGGUGGGUCGAAUUCUAGCUGGAUGGGCUGUUGGCGUGCUUUCUAUGUCUGUCCCUAUCUACCAGUCAGAAUGUGCUCAUCCCCGAAAUAGAGGUAUGAUUGUCGGCAUUACUCAACAAAUGAUCGGCGUAGGCUUCAUUGUUUCGACCUGGGUUGGCUAUGGCGCUUCCAAAGUCCCUAAGACGAGCUCGUUCUCCUGGCGGUUCCCGCUUGGUUUCCAGUGUAUUCCUUGCAUUAUGAUCAUUGCGGGUAUCUUAUUCUUCCCCGAGUCCCCACGACAUUUGAUGGAGAAGGACAAAGCGGAUGAAGCGAUGGCGGUGCUUCGCAAACUCCACUUCGAUGGCUCCAACGAAGAAUGGAUUCAGUCCGAGUUCAAUGAAAUAAAACUUACCAUCGAGGCCGAAAAGGCCAUCACUGCGCCUGGCUGGUCCAUCAUGUUCAAGGUCAAAGCCUGGAGGAUGCGUCUCCUUCAUGCUACUCUCAUGCAGGUUUUCACGCAGAUGACAGGUAUCAACGUCAUUGGUUACUAUUCGUCUCUUCUUUACGAGACCCUCGGAAUCGAGGGAGACAAAAAGCUGCUCCUCGUCAGCAUCUACAAUAUUGUCGGACCCGUUUGCAAUCUGUUCUUCAUCGUUUUUGUCCUGGACCGUGUUGGUCGCAGAAAGCCUUUGUUGUUCGGAACGGCUGGAAUCACUAUGGCAUUGAUUGCUGAAGCUGCCAUUGGGUCUCAGGUCAAGGGAGCCUCUGGAGCUCGCCGGAAUGGUCUAUCCAUCGGCGGAGUCUUCUUCAUCUUCCUUGUCUCCUGCAUUUUCAGCAUGUCUUUCGGCCCUAUCUCGUGGGUGUACGCGUCUGAAAUCAUGCCCCUGAGUAUUCGAGGACACGGUUCCGCUUUCGCUACCGCUAUUGGAAACUGGCUUGUCGGUACCGUAUGGUCACAAGUCUCGCCCAUUGGUCUUGGAAAGACUGAGUACAAGUUUUAUUUCAUCUUUGUUGCCUUCAACAUCUGCGUGACGUUUCCCACGAUCUUCUUCAUGUUCAAGGAAACUAAGAAACUUAGUCUCGAGGAGAUCGAUCUGCUGUUCGGAGAACGUGCCUUGGGAACAUUGCCAGAUGACCUGGAGAAACCUGGGCGUGAGGAACAAGUUGAACUCCAGCAGGUACAAGCGGAGGUCAAUAAAUCUAGAUGAACGAUACAAGACUGGCAUAAAUGUCAAGAAGUAUGAAGUUUGAAACCUGGUCAGUUAUGGCUAUGGCGAACGUACCUAGGUACUAUGCGAUAGGGCAAGGGUUUUGUAGCAAACGCAAGAACUGGCAAUAUGAGUGACUAUAACAACGUCGAUUACGAAUUAAUUAUACAUGCGAGAUCCUGUAUCUCGUCCAAUCGUUCCC